GUAACAUCAAUCGCUAUCAGGUAAUAUCAAUUAUUUAUCAUGAAGUUGCGCAGUCGAACCGGUUGCUUGGCCUGCAAGAGUAGAAAGCGUCGAUGCGAUGAGGAGCGGCCUUCUUGCAGGAACUGUCUGGUGCGAGGGGUCGUCUGUCCGUAUCUCACUGAGCCGGCGCAGUCGAUCUCGCUACGAUUCAAGAUUAGCGGAUGCGAUGUUCGGUGGAAGUCACGUCGGGGAGAUCUACCCUGGCAUUUCUUAAAUGUUUCGUCUCAGGAUAUAGACUUGUUCUCUACCGAGCACACUCUGUCAUUAAAGGAUGGGUCUGAGGUCGACGAUGUCUCUCGAAAUUUUAUUGACUCUCUCAGGCCUGGGCUUUCGAUAAGCCCGUUGAGAGCAUGCAGCAGUCUUGAGAAGCAGCUUUUUCAAUAUUAUUUAGAGGUUAUCUGCAAGGUACGAGUUUUCCAGGAUGAUCAAAGCAAUCACUUUCGAUCACUGGUUAUCCCGUUGUGCUACGGACAACGGCCGUUGCUAUACGCCGUUCUUUCCUUAAGCGCCAACGACCGUCGCGCAGAGACAUACGUCGAUUACGAGAAAGUCUCAUUAUCGUACAAAUCCCAAGCUCUCUGCUUACUUCGUGAGACAUUGGCCGAUAUACAUUAUGCCAACGAAGCCCUUAUGACAUGUGUUAUUCUGUGCUCUCUGGAAAUCGCCUCAGGUUGUCGGCCAGACUGGGUCCAACAUGCACAAGGCGCCUUUGCUAUCAUCGAUAGUUUCGCCAACCUCAUUGACUCACAGAUACUCUUCUUCGUGUAUAGCUACUUCCGCUUCCGAGCUGUUUUCUUCCUGACGACAAGUUCUCGCGAGCAGGCUGAUGACGACUCACACAACAUGUCCGCGUUACAAUGUCCUCCAGAAAUAGGACUGAACGUUGAUCUAAGCUCGGGCAUCCGGGAUAAAAUUCAGCCUCAUAUGGGCUGCUCCCUCAGUUUACUAGACAUAAUAGCAAAGACGACCCGCCUGGUUCAACGGAAACGGCAUCUACGCCAGAGUGGUCACAGUUCGCUAACCUGCGAGGAAGAUUUACGAUGCCAGGCUAUGUCCAUCCGCAGCCAACUGGACUCACUGACCGAGGAGAAUCCCUCUGCUAGUGACUACCUGGCGACAUGUGCUGAAUGUUUCCGCAUGGCAGCGGAUCUGUUUCUACAGCUGGCGUGUGAUAUUCCGCCAUGUCAGUUAGCGCUGCAAGAGCAACUUGACCGCUUGCUAGGUCGUAUUGGGCGAGUGAUACACGAGGGCCAGGAGAGACAGUUGUUUCCUAUGUGGCCGCUAUUUCUGGCAGGAUGUCUAUCAACUACAGAUGAGGAUAGAUUGCGGGUUCUGGACUACUUUUCUGUUCUUUUACACCAAUGGCCUAUCAGUAACAUUCCUAUGGUACGCGAGGCUACAGAGACAAUCUGGAAGUCGCGAGAUUUGAAUGUGGAAGAGGACCAGAGCAAGAAUGGCUUCGAUUGGCAGAUAAUCAUCGAACAGAUGAACUGGAAACUAGCGUUAUCAUAAACAAAUCAAAUAAACAAUCUUCCAACCCAAACCAAGCACGGGAAGCAUCACAGCUUAGACAACUUCUUAAUAUCCGCAAACUCCCUCGUCUCUCCAAGCCGCCAACUAACAUCCCCCUUCCCAUCAUCCUGCCCCCUCCCCUCCUUCCACCGCCACCUAGCAACCCCCUGGCCUCCCUCCUCCACCAGCCUCUUCACCCAUCCACCCGCAAUCGGCAACAUCUUAAACAAAUGCCCUGAAUCCCCCGACAACAUCACAACAGACCCCUCCAUUCCAGGCACGUAAUCGAUCACAAACUCCGAAUCCUUCGUAUCCGCAAACCAGCACAACUUCUUGCCCACAAGCUCCCUCCCCUCCAACCCCGGCAACGCCUCCCUCAACAAUCGCCGAAUCCGCCCCUCAUCCUCAACCGGCAAAACAUCGCUCUCCACGAGUGUCU